GGCAAUGGAACAGCUAUGAGUUGCAGCACUGAUCUCUGUGAAACUAGUUCUUGUGAAGGAUAUGAUAAUCCAUUGUGUGAGAUUGAUUCUUGUUCUAAUUGUAACGUUAAACAUUUCGAUGGGUUAAGAGAUGUCACUAAUCAAUGUGGCAUUUGUGAUCUUCCUAAGGAAUCUGGUCCAUGCUUUGCAUAUUUUGAGAGGUGGUAUUACAAUGGAAGGUCAGGUCUCUGCGAAAAAUUCAUUUAUGGUGGCUGUAGAGGUAAUAACAACAACUUUAUGACACUGAGUAAUUGUCUACAGACUUGUGCUGAAGGUGAUAAAACAUGUCCUGGAGGUGUGAAAAUUGUUGAGUGUUAUUCUGAUCCUUGUGUAAAUUCUCAUUGCCCUAAUUAUGAAGAUGCUGUUUGCAUACCUAACCAU